AUGGCUGGUGAAAGCCGCUUCCCUCCAAAGGAUGCUCGGAAACGUGUCUCAAGCGGGAAAAAAAUCAAGAAGAAGACCCUGAAACCGGCCCUCAAUCUGAGCAACUGCAAGUACGAAGUCGUGCGCCGGGUUCAGCGGACUCUAGGAUGGAAGGAAGUCGGAGACGAGGACGAAUGGCACGUCUACUGGACCGACACGUCAAUCGGGGCAGACCGGCUGCUCCGCUUAGAGCCUUACCAGAAGAUCAACCACUUUUUCGGCAUGCUCGAGGUCUGCCGCAAGAAGGCACUCUCGCGCAACUUUGCGGCCAUGAAGAAGCUCGCGCCCAACGAGUACAACUUUAUGCCCAAGAGCUUCGUCCUACCCAUCGAACUCCCCGAGUUCCUAACCCAGUUCACGAAGAAGUCGGUUAAGACGUUCAUCCUCAAGCCCGACACGGGCUGCCAGGGCCGCGGCAUCGCGCUCGUCCAAAACGAGGCCGGGGUUUACGAGGCGCUACGAAACCUCCCAACGGAGGCGCUUGUCGCGCAAAAGUAUCUUUCCAAGCCCAUGUUGGUGAACGACUUCAAGUUCGACCUGCGGAUCUACGUGCUCGUGCUCUCGUGCGAUCCUCUGCGGGUCUUUCUGUACAAGGAGGGGCUGGCCCGCUUCUGCACCGAGAAGUACGUCGCCCCGCAGAGGAGCAAUCUGGCCCAGGCUUGCAUGCAUCUGACCAACUACGCGGUGAACAAGCGGAACGACAAGUUUGCGUUCAACAAAGACGCGGCCGCGGCCGACGAGGGCAGCAAGUGGAGCUUGACGGCGAUGCUGGUGGCGCUUCGGAAAAAGGGCCACGACGUCGAUAAACUAUGGGAGCAGAUUGCGGACGUCACGUGCAAAACCCUGAUCUCCAUCCAGCCGCUGCUCGCGCACAACUACCGCACGUGCAUCCCCGACGGCCGCGACCCCUUCUCGUGCUUCGAGCUGCUCGGACUUGACGUCAUCCUGGACCACAAAUGCAAGCCCUGGCUGCUCGAGGUGAACCACUCCCCGUCUUUUACCACCGACACCCCGCUCGACCUCCGCAUCAAAGAAUCCCUCAUCCUCGAAACCCUCAACCUCGUUAACCUAGAUCAUCGCCAAAUCCAGAAGUACCAAGAAGGGGAGAAAUCGGGGGCCUUGUCACGGCUCUACAGCCGCAGACGAAGCAGCGCAAAAGAGAACCAACCUGCGGCAACAGGGCCUAAGGAUCCCGGCGGAAGAGGCGGCGGACGGAAUCCGCUGGAGUCAGCCAAGGAGCGGAACGCGGGCGGAAAUGGGUUGCCGUCGGGUUCCGAGUCUGGUUUGAAGUCGGUUAAGCAGGGUGUCGAGAGGUUUAAUCAAAUUUGUGAGUCGUCUAGCAAGGAGUCAAAUCGGGUUGACCGAAGUUCAGUCUCUGAAGUGGGCGCAACGGAAGAGCAUUCCGUCUCUGUCGAGGAAAGCAGCGGAACUGGUGAGGCGGAACCGGAAGCGGCCAAGUCGGUGUCAGGAGGUUUCGUUGAGAAAAUGGGUUUGGGGUCGGUUAGCGACGUUGAAGCGGAGCCGUCAGCGGACGGCGCCGCAACACGGCGGAAAGAACUAGAGGCGUUGCUGGAGUCGAGGCGAGCUUUCGAAGACAAGACGAUGGUGCUGUAUGAGCGCAUACUGCCCUCGAGCGACCCGGCAAUGGCUGCCAAGUACGAAAGGUUGCAACAGGCGGCGCAGGCCGUUUUCCAAGAGCACCAGGAAAUCAAAGUGCGCAAGCGCAUCGCGCAAGUCUCGGAAGAGCGGCGGCAGCAGGAGCAGGAGGAACUAGAGCGAGCGUCAAAACCGGUGCGGAAAACGGUCGAGCAGCUCAAAAAGCUGCUCAAACCGCGGGGGAUCGUCAGGAAACCGGACCCGAGACUGGACCGACCGGUGUUCCGGUUCUCGGCAAUCGAUGUGGGCGCUCCGCCGGAAUCCGUUGCGGCCGACACUGAUGGAAGCCACGUGGCGCUUAAAGACUGGUUGGAGGCGCAGGGGCCAGCCACGGCCGCGGCGGAACGGUUCGCGCGGAGGAGUGACGUCAGCAACACGGUCAGUCCGCGGGAGGCUGAGGUCAGCAGCUGGAUGGCUCUGUUCAGCAAAAAGGUGGUGCGCGAGCAGAGACCGGAAUGGAGAGCGGAACGGGGACCGGAAGGUCGACCGGAGUCGCGGGAGAGCGAACGAAGCGCGUCCAGCAGUGUCGUCAGCAGGCCCGGAAAACCCGGGCGGCUUUCCCUGCCCGCGCUGCGGCACGUGCCCGAGGGGGAGGUCAGCAGCUGCAAGCUGAGCGACGCGUGUCAGCCGUCGCUGUCGCAGCUGCUCGCGGCCGCGGCCGCGAGCGCGCGCGUGCACCGAAAGUCCGAAGGGGCGACCUCGCAACUAGAGUGGGCGCCGCAGGGUCGCCGGAGGAGCUCGAGAAAAGUGACCGGGGCAAACCACCGGGUGCAUCCGACGGUGGGCGUUGAGUCCGGGGAAGAAGUGGUCGGGGUCGCGAAUAAGGUGGCGUUGAUAGCCAAAGGGCUGAAGCUUGGGGCGCCGCUUGCCGCGUCCAACGUGCGACGACAUUCGUUGUCGUUGUCAAAUUAG